AUUCAACAAUCUUCAACCAUCGAGCAAACAAAGAUGUCAGUUGAUCUCCAUCACUAAAAAAACACCUUAAUUAUUUCUAAUUAUGAUCCUUUUGCACCACCAGUUAAGGAACUUUAAGGGAUUCGAUCAAACAAAUUAAGAUGUCAUUAGUUAAUUUUCAUGAUCACACCCUAAUAAUUGUAUCCCUUUCGUUCAUCAGCCUAUUCAAACUUGUGAUCUGUUCCAAUUCAAUUCACUACAUCCACCACUACUGCUCUUUAGAAGUUAACAAAGCCCAAAACGCCCCGUUCCAAGACAACGUCAACAAACUCCUCUCCGAACUCUCCUCUAAAUCUUCCGGCACCAGCUUCUACAACUCCUCAUCCGGAGACAACGACAAAAAAGUGUACGGCCUAUACCUUUGUCGGGGUGAUGUCAAGUCCGGAGUCUGCCGCGACUGCAUCGACUCCGCUGCCAAGAACCUCAAACAAAAUUGCACCAACAACAGGGAAUCCAUCGUUUGGUAUGAGGAAUGCAUGUUGAGAUAUUCAAACCGCUCCAUCUCUGCCACAGAGGAGGAGCUUCCGUGGCGGUAUUGGUGCAGUGUGAACAAAGUUUCAAACAAAGACCAGUUUAAUCAGAGCUUGUUGAAUUUGAUGAAUGGUCUUGUGGACAAAGCUGUUGGGAAUACGACUCCAAUUUAUUUUGCAACCGGGGAUGACAAGAAAGGCAACGGAGGGACGUCGAUAUAUUGUUUGAUGCAAUGUACUCCGGACAUAAAUGGGACUGACUGCCAAAGGUGUUUGAGGGCGGGUGUCGGUGGGUAUCAGGAGACUUGUGAGGGAAGAACAUGGGGUAUGAUUUUUUCGCCAAGCUGUCAGGUGAGGUACGGGCCUGACCUCUUCUACGGGGAAGGAAAGCCAACCAAAAGUGGGGGAAUAGGGAAGAGAAAAUCUUUCGUUGCUGUUAGAGUCACCGUCCAAGCUGUUGUGGCGGUCCUCUGGCUUAUUGGUUAAUCUGGGUGCAUGACAGGAAUGCUAAAGAGAAAGCCAUGCAUGCAUGUCAAGAAAGCGCCUCUCAUUUCACCGAGAGUUGCUGAUGGCCUGUGCGAGAGUUGGGCCACA